CCCGAUCCAUGCCCAAUACAAGACACCACUGCUCGGCAGUCACUGCAUACAUAUACUGAAACUUAUCAUCUCUGUGCACUAGCAGAGCUGCCUGGCAUUGCCAUGGAGGGGUGGCUAAGCAUGUCUUUCCUAGCCCUACUUACGCUCCUGGUGACUUGGCUUGUCAAGCUCUCGGUUGGCAAGAGCAAGCCGGCCAGGAAGCAGCUGCCUCCUGGGCCAUGGACUCUGCCGAUCAUCGGCAGCCUCCACCACGUCGCCGGCGCCCUCCCACACCGCGCGCUGAUGCAGCUGUCUCGCCGGCAUGGGCAGCUGAUGCACCUCAUGCUGGGCGAGGUCCCCGCAGUCGUCGUGUCCAGCCCUGAAGCGGCGGCGCUGGUGAUGAAGACCAACGACCUCGCGUUCGCGGGCCGGCCGCGCGGCGUGAUGCUGGAUAUCUUCAGCAGUGGCGGCAGGGGCAUCGCCUUUGCCCCCUACGGCAACCAUCUGCGCCAAAUGCGCAAGGUCUGCGUCAUGGAGCUCCUCAGCUCCACGCAGGUGAAACGCAUGGAGGGCAUCAGGGCCGAGGAGGUUGGCAGCCUCCUCCGCGACAUCAGGGCCGCUACCUCGGUCGGCCACACCAUCAACGUCAGCGAGAAGGUGAGGGCGCUCAGCAACGACGUGGUGACCAGGGCGGUUUUCGGCGGCAAGUUCUCACAGCAGGGCGAGUACCUCUGCGAGUUGGACAAGGCGUUUAAGCUGCUGGGCGGCUUCUGUCUCGUCGAUCUCUUCCCGUCGUCGAGGUUGGUAAGGUGGCUGAGCAAUGGCGAGCGCCAGAUGAAGAAGAGCUGUGGCCAAAUGCAGCGCAUCAUUUCAGAGAUCAUCGAUGAGCGCAAAUCCGCGCGAGCUGCUGGCGUUGGCAUCUCCGGCACCGACGACGAGGAUCUGCUGGACGUGCUGCUCAGGCUGCAGAAGGAGGACUCUUUGGAAUUCCCUCUAACCACACAGACUAUUUGCGCCGUCUUGUUUGAUAUGUUUGCAGGUGCCACGGAGACCACAUCAACUACUUUGGCGUGGGCUAUGUCGGAGCUUGGGCGGAGUCCUGAAAUCAUGGCUAAGGCACAACAAGAAGUAUGGGGGAUUCUUGGUGAAGGCCGAUCUGUCAUUACUAAUAACGACCUCGUUAAACUCCACUACAUGCAGAUGGUAAUCAAGGAAACCCUUAGGUUGCAUCCACCAAUUUCUCUAAUCCCACGCUCAGCCAGAGAGGAUUGCACAGUUAUGGGGUAUGACAUCCCUAAAGGCACCAAUAUAUACAUUAAUGCCGUUGCAAUUUCUCAAGAUCCCAAAAAAUGGGACAAUCCUAGAGAGUUUAGGCCAGAGAGGUUUGAGAACAUCAACUUAAAUUACAAUGGAACAUACUUUGAAUUCAUUCCCUUUGGAGCUGGGCGACGACAGUGCCCCGGGAUCCAGUUUGGCUCAUCGGUCAUGGAGAUGGCGUUAACAAACUUUCUAUAUCACUUCAACUGGAGACUUCCUGAUGGUUCUAGCCUUGUUUCGUUUGACAUGUCCGAGAAGUUUGGGUUGGCUGUAAGCAGAAGGUAUGACCUGCAACUCAGAGCUAUUCCACAUGUGUGGUCCAAGUAGACGUUGAUGUGAAACACAUAGCUUGUAUAUACACAUGACAAUGCAUGUUCAUAUACCUGCACUUUCAGCGCAUGUCAUUUUUCCAAUGUAUGGUUGUACCUUUAUGCAAUGGAAUAUGAGAAAUUGGGCUAAAAAUGAAUACGAAAA